CGGAGCUAUGAAGGGGUUUGGACAAGAAUAUACUGGAUUAAUGUAAGAUUGAGAACAGCGUGUGAAGGUCCCUCUUAAGAAAAGAAAAACCAGAAGCCAGCGUUUUAAAGCACUGGGAGACUGCUAAAGGAUUGGAUGCAAACAAUCGCUUUCCCAACACGGAGAAGAUGGAGAGAAUUCAACCAAACAGGCAAGUCAUGGCUUUUAUAUUUAUGCUGGUUUGGGUUCAGGUUUGGAGUGAGCCAACAACUCGGUACUCUAUCAUGGAGGAAACAGAAAGCGGCUCCUUUGUAGCCCAUCUGGCCAAGGACCUGGGUCUGAGAUCUGGGGACCUGGCAGCCCGGUCUGCAAGGGUGGUGUCUGAUGAUUACAAGCAGCGAUUGCUGCUGGAUCCCGAGACUGGAGAUCUGCUUCUGAGGGAGAAACUAGACCGGGAAGAGCUCUGUGCCUCUGUAGACCCCUGUGUGCUGCAUUUCCAGGUGUCUCUUGAAAAACCAGUGCAGUAUUUUCAAGGAGAAUUACUGAUCCAGGACAUAAAUGACCACUCACCAGAAUUCCCAGAUAGGGAAAUGCUUUUGAAAAUACCAGAAAAUAGCCAGCCAGGCACUCUGUUACCAUUGAAUUUAGCCCAGGAUUUGGAUGUGGGCAGCAAUGGGCUUCAAGAGUACACAGUCAACCCCAACUCUCAUUUUCAUGUCCUCACUCGAAAUAAUAGUGAAGGCAAGAAAUACCCAGAAUUGGUGCAGGACAGAGCCCUGGACAGAGAGGAGCAGGCAGAGCUGAGCUUGACCCUCACGGCUCUGGAUGGGGGCUCUCCACCUAGGUCAGGAACAGCCAUGGUUCGAAUCCUGAUCCUGGACAUCAAUGACAAUGCCCCUGAAUUUGUGAAGACCCCCUAUGAGGUACAGGUCCUGGAGAGCAGCCCCCCAGACUCCCCAGUCCUGACUGUCCUAGCACAGGAUGCAGAUGCUGGCAACUUUGGGAGAGUUUCCUAUGGCUUGUUCCAAGCAUCAGAUGAAGUUCAACAGACGUUCUCAAUAAACGAAAUCACGGGAGAAAUACGGCUGAAAAAGGGAUUGGACUUUGAGAAAAUUAAGUCUUACCACGUGAAAAUCGAGGCCACGGAUGGAGGAGGCCUUUCUGGGAAGGGCGCUGUGCUGAUAGAGGUGGUGGAUGUGAACGACAAUGCCCCAGAGCUGACCAUAUCUUCACUGACCAGCUCAGUCCCAGAAAAUGCUCCUGAGACCAUAAUCAGCAUCUUCAGAGUUGGAGACAGGGAUUCCGGAGAGAAUGGAAAGGUGGUUUGUUCUAUUCCAGAAACCCUGCCGUUCAUCCUCAAAUCCACUUUCAAGAAUUUCUACACCCUGGUGACAGAGAGUCCUCUGGACAGAGAGAGCAGAUCUGAGUACAACAUCACCAUCACAGUCAGCGACAUGGGCACACCCAGGCUCACAACCCAGCACACCAUAACAGUGGAGGUGUCAGAUGUCAACGACAACGCCCCCGCCUUCACACAAAGCUCCUAUACCUUGUUUGUCCAUGAGAACAACAGCCCUGCCCUGCACAUAGGCACCAUCAGCGCCACAGACUCAGACUCAGGCUCCAAUGCCCACAUCACCUACUCGCUGCUGCCCACUCACGACUCGCAUCUGCCCAUCACCUCGCUGGUCUCCAUAAAUGCCGAAAAUGGUCAGCUGUUCGCUCUCAGGGCGCUGGACUAUGAGGCCCUGCAGAGCUUCGAGUUCCUCGUUGGCGCCACAGACCAAGGCUCGCCUGCGCUCAGCAGCCAGGCGCUGGUGCGCGUGCAGGUGCUGGACGCCAACGACAAUGCGCCCUUCAUGCUCUACCCGCUGCAGAACGCCUCUGCGCCCUUCACUGAGCUGCUGCCCAGGGCAGCGGAGCCAGGAUACCUGGUCACCAAGGUGGUGGCUGUGGAUCGCGACUCUGGCCAGAACUCUUGGCUGUCGUUCCAGCUUCUUAAGGCUACAGAGCCAGGGCUGUUCAGCGUGUGGGCUCACAAUGGCGAGGUGCGCACCUCCAGGCUGCUGAGUGAGCGCGAUGCGCCCAAGCACAGGCUGCUGCUGCUGGUCAAGGACAAUGGCGAUCCUCCGCGGUCUGCCAGUGUCACUCUGCAUGUGCUGCUGGUGGAUGGCUUCUCUCAACCCUACUUGCCACUACCGGAGGUGGCACGCGACCCCGAGCACGACAAUGAGGACUUGCUCACGUUGUAUCUGGUCAUCGCCUUGGCGUCUGUGUCUUCGCUCUUUCUCUUGUCUGUGCUGCUGUUUGUGGGCCUGAGACUGUGCAGGAGAGCUCAGGCAACCUCUCUGGCUGGUUGCUCUGCUCCUGAGAGACACUUUCCUGGACACCUGGUGGAUGUCAGUGGAGCAGGAACCUUGUCCCAGAGCUACCAGUAUGAGGUGUGUCUGACUGGGGAUUCUGGGACUGGUGAUUUCAGAUUUCUCAAUCCCAUGAUCCCUGAGCUUUUGGUUCAAGAUUCUGGGCGAGAACUUAAGGAAAAUCUCCAUGGCAGGGAGAGCUUUGUUUUUAGCUAAGUCAUUGGUUCUCAACCUCUGGACUGGGGGGGAGGAGGGAUGACCCUUUGGGGAGUCGAACUACCCUCUCACAGGGGUUACACAUCAGAUAUUCUGCAUAUCAGAUAUUUACAUUAUGAGUAAUAACAGAAACAUAUUACACUUAUGAAGUAGUAACAAAAUAAUUUUAUCCUCCCAGGUCCCCACAUCAUGAACAAAUGUAUUAAAGGGUCAUAGGAAGGUUGAGAACCACUGAACUAAGUGAUGUAAAUUCCUAAGUGUUCUGAUAGUUUCUUUUUUAUUGGUAUGAAAGUACUAGGCUUUUAGUUAUACGAAGCAUAUUUUUCUCUGCAUAUGAUUAUCUCUUGGUGAUUAACACUCCCAUAGCCCUAAAAAAACAAUACAGUAUUAAAUUUUCUUUGUGUAAUACUCUUGAUGAUCUUCUGAGACGUUUUACUGCUCUCAAAAGUCUUGGAUUUGUGGCACCUGCCCUUUCCGUCUAUUUUUGUCUUUUCAAACGAAGAUUGCUUAAAAUUACUUAUGUUGUCUGGAUCUUUCUGCAUGAAUGGAAAGCCACAUUAUGCUGUGUUCACUAUCAGGCUACAUGCCCUGAAUAGCCCAGUCUUAAAAAUGUAAAGUGUAUGAGCACCAUGCAUGCUAGUUGUCCUGUCUAUUUGGCUGCAAGUGUUCUGAAAUGAUACUGUUAGUGUUUGAAUUCUUAUUUGACAAAAAUUAAAGAGAAAAUGUAUAAUUUCUCAUCCCAUUUAAAAAUAUAACUGCUAAGUCACUGUUUUGCUAUAUUAAUAAAUUUAUCUUUUGAUUAUUUUGAUAAUUAAUCUCAGAAUUAUAUCUUUCUGAAAAAGGAAAAUGUAGGGCUGUUGAGGGCAUCACGUUUACCUUUUUCUUUCUCAUACAAAUAUGUCCAUGUUUUAAUUUGUGUGUCUUUUCUGAACCCUUCAAAUGAGGAAAUUUCUUUUGAAAUUUGGCUAUUCUGCUUGAUUUUGUUUAUUAGAAGUUUUCAGCUUUGUCAUUUUGUGUUAGCUGGUGCCUUGGAUAGAGUUUAUCAAUCAGCAAAUAUUAUUUUUGAUGUUAAAUCAUUUUGUUUCAUUGUUUAGUGUACCCUUAAGGUACUUUGGGUGAAACUGAUGAAUAAUAAUGAAUAGCAUUUUGCUUGUUAAUA